UCUUGUUUUAGUAUUUGUAAUCUGUGAUAGAUUUAACAUACAAAAGAAAGGAGCAAAAUAGAAAUUUUCUAUUGUUUUUUUACCAGAAAAUACUGAAAAAAAUCUUGAAAUCCAAAUAAUAAAAGUCAUUAAAGAUGGGAUCAACUGCUGGUAAUGGAAAUCAAGGGGAACAUUCUAUACCUAUUGAUAUAUUAGAUGACCUAUGCAGCCGCUUCAUAAUAAACUUGCCACCAGAAGACCGAGGUAACCUGGUCCGAAUAUGUUUUCAAAUAGAGUUGGCGCACUGGUUCUACUUAGAUUAUUACUGCACUGAUGAGACCACCAGGCUAAACCCCUGUGGUAUUAGGGAGUUUGCGGCACAUAUUUUUCAACACGUCCCGCAACUCCGCGAGCACGUGAGCAGCCUGGACGCGGUGUUGGACAACUGGCGCGAGUACAAGCAGACAGUGCCGACGUACGGGGCCAUCCUGCUCGACACCGACCUCACGCACGUGCUGCUCGUCCAGUCAUACUGGACCAAGGCCUCCUGGGGCUUCCCUAAGGGAAAGGUCAAUGAAGACGAGGAGCCAUGGAAGUGUGCUGCUAGAGAGGUCCUUGAGGAGACAGGUUUUGAUAUUAGUAAGCUAAUAAACAAAAAUGACUUCAUAGAAGCAAUAAUACACGAACAAAUUGUCCGCCUAUAUAUAAUCGGGUUUAUACCUCGAGACACCAAAUUUCAACCGAGAACAAGGAAUGAGAUUAAGGCCUGUGAGUGGUUCCCGUUGGCCGACUUGCCGGCAAACAAGAAAGAUAUGACCCCAAAGGUCAAAAUGGGGGUGAGCCCUAACGCUUUCUUCAUGGUGCUACCAUUUGUAAAACGUAUGCGACGCUGGGUCGCUGAAAGGAACUCAAAGGUGUUCACUAACACGCGGAGAACUCGCCACAAAUCUAUGGGUGACAUAGAGUCGUCUAUUAGUAAGAAUAAGAACAAAAGCAUUUCUCAGGGUCUGCAGAAUGAAAUACAAGAGUUUCAACAACAGAACCCUGUGCCGUUUAAGAACCAUUCCAAUAAUCACGGCAAUGGCCACGGAAAUGGCCACAGCAAUGGCAACAGUCAUGGAAAUGGCCACAGCAAUGGCAACGGCCACGGCAAUGGACAUGGUAACGGCCAUGGAAAUGGUAACGGCCAUAAUAACCAUGGUUCUGGUCAAGCAAACCAUUCCAACGGCCAAGGAAAUAACCAUGUUAAUAGUCACGGGAAUAGCCAUGGAAACAGUCACGGCAACAGUCAUGGCAGUUCUGCUAAAAAUACUCCUAAUCAAAACUCUUCUAGAAAGGACAGGAAGGUUGCUAAGCGUCAGCUGUUUACGCCGCAGAACACCAUGCCAAGCAACUUUUCCCCGGUGCAGAAGGACAACAGUCCAAAUAACGAAUCUCAGGAUGACGCGUUCUUCAACUUUGUGGCUCCCUCGUGGGCCAACUUCAAGUUCGACAGGCGAGCCAUCCUUGACUGCCUUACUUGAAAGUAUGGUGACGUUACUUUGGAUCUAAAUCGUAACAUGUUGAUUCAGAUAUUCAAAUUUGACAUUAUUUGUAAUUAGAUGUUACAAAACAGGA